AUGGAUGUUAUUCACAAGCCUAUUACCCCGAUCAGCAUCCGCAAGGCCCACGAUGACGGUCUGAAUCCAAGCACCACGGUUCUCCCGGCUGGCUACCGUAAAGGAGAUGGCUGUCGCCCUCUACAAGUUGAUACCAUUUGGGAGCGAGACAUCUCGAUCCCACUGCGGGAUGGCACGAAACUGCGGGCAGAUAUCUUUAGACCGCAGCAGACUACGGGGGAAAUACCGAUUCUACUUGUCUGGGGCCCGUACGGGAAGACAGGGACUGGGAUGUUCAGUCUGGAUAUGAUUCAGGGACGUGUCGGUGUCCCAGUAGAUCGACUCAGCGGAUUUGAAUCCUUCGAAGGGCCCGAUCCAGCGGAGUGGAAUGCACAUGGAUAUGCCGUCGCGCAGGUGGAUGCGAGAGGGAUUUUCCACUCAGAGGGUGACCACAGAUGGCACGGAACCGCCGAAGGGCGUGACGGGUAUGACACGGUCGAGUAUCUCGGCGCACUGGACUGGAGUAAUGGGUGUGUUGCUUUGAUUGGCAACUCAUGGCUUGCCACGGCGCAGUGGUUCAUCGCUGCUGAACGUCCCCCUCACCUCUCCUGCAUACUGCCGCUGGAAGGGUUAAGUGAUGUUUACCGCGAAUCCCUGUGCCGUGGCGGAGUGCCAUAUACUCCGUUCUGGGAGUUUCUGCGGGAUAACGGGUUAUAUGGGAAAAACAGGCAGGAAGAUGUUAUCGCUAUGAUCCGCAAGUAUCCGCUCAUGAAUGAAUAUUGGGAGGAUAAGCGGGCUAAAGCACACCUUAUACAAGCGCCUGCUUAUAUUCUCGCGAGUAUGUCGACAGGAUUGCACACCUCUCCCUUGAUAAAUAUCCCAUUCUCAAGCUGGCCGCCUCCCACCACCACGUACGACAAGUAUUAUCUGUCUGCCGGCAGCCGACUUACACAACAGCCAGCAGACGUGAUCUCCGGCUCGGUAUCCUACCAGAGCGACACACCAGCCUCGCAGGUCGACAAUGACCCGGAAGAGGCCACGUUCAGUUUCACAUUCUGCGAAAGAAAAACCAUAGUCGGUGCCUCGAAGGCAGUCCUCUACAUGUCCUGCCCAGACCACAAUGACCUCGAUGUAUUCGUCCAGCUACGCAAGGUUGACCGCCGCGGGAAAAUCCUCCGCAAUAUCAAUAUCCCCCUGCAGCAGCUGGGGCUGGCAUCCGAGCAGGAGGUGGAGAGUAUAAAUACGCUCAAGUACCUGGGCCCUACGGGUGUACUGAGGGCGAGUCACCGUGCCCUGGACGAUAGGCUGUCAAAGCCGCAUUGGCCUGCGCAUGACCAUUCUCGGAUCUCGCCUGUCCCACUGGGCUCCGUAGUCAAGCUGGAGAUCGGCUUGUGGCCAGCGGCUAUUCAGUUUGACGCUGGUGAGGCUCUUAUGAUGAAGAUUGCAGGGCACCAUAUGACGCUCGCCGAGUUCGUGCCGCUUCGGGGGCGGUUUACAACGGGUAAUAAAGGGAGGCACCAGGUGUAUUUUGGGGAUUUUGCCAGCCACCUUCUGAUUCCUACGGUUGCUCUUUGA